AUGGCAAAUGUUGUUCUUUUUUCAACGCUUUUAUCUCAAAUAAAUUUCACCUGGUAUAACGAACCGAAACGAUGGUCUAUUAAUGAAACAACCGUUUAUGUUCAUACGGACAAAGACACCGACUUUUGGCAAAGAACAUUUUAUGGUUUUCAGCGUGAUACAGGACAUUUCUUGUACAAAUCUUUAUCUGGUGAUCAACCUUUCAAUUUAACUGUGAAUGUACGAGGUAAAUAUCGUGUUCUCUAUGAUCAAGGCGGUUUAAUGAUACGAAUUGACAACAAAAAUUGGAUUAAGUGUGGCGUCGAAUACGUUGAAGGUCAACAAUAUGCAAGUGCCGUGGUCACAGUUGAUGGAUGGUCGGAUUGGAAUGUUGUUCGGAUAAAUGCGCCUGAUGUUUUAAGAUUAAGAGUUCGUAGGGUGAGAGAAACAAUUCAUAUUGAAUUUGCUGAAGAUUUACAAAGUGAAUUUAAAAUGAUGCGAUUGGCGUAUUUUCCAGUGAUUGAAAGAACUCGAUCGAUGAUGGUUGGAGUUAUGUGUGCCUCUCCAGAUGAAAAAACAAAUGGCUUUGAUAUUUAUUUUGAAGAUUUAACAAUCGUCGGAGAACCUUAUACGGACUCCAGCACAAGUGUUCGAUACUCCAGUGCAUAUUUACUGUUUCUUCUUGCUUAUUUACUAAUUCAAUGA